UCAGAGCAAAUCUAUAAUGAGACCCUGGAGUCGGUGAAGGAUAGUUUCCCCCAGUAUAUACGCGAGCUGGAGGGCGUGGCCGAUGGUGCGGAGGUGGAAUUCCAUAAGCUCUUUCUGCUGCACCUUGACGACAUCUUGCCGCAGGCAUUGAAGCUUCAGCCGCGCAACAAUAACCAGCCGACUGGCUGCUCCACAAUCAUUGUCAACCAAAAGAAUUGCCGACUGUUGGGCCACACCGAGGAUGCCCUGACGGAGCCCCUUAAUCAUUACUAUUUUGUUGACGCGCACAUCAUCAGCGACAAGCCGCAGGGCAAAUACAAUGUCAAGGAGGAGCACUUUAUGUCCCUGUGCUACGCCGGACACUUGCCCGGCUACACCAUGAAUCAGAAUUACCAUGGCCUGGUCUUCACCAUCAAUACGAGCAGUGCGGAGCUGUUGCGCAGUGGCAAGACACCGAGACACUUCUUGACACGAGCCCUGCUGGCCACCAGCAAUGUGGACGAUGCUUUUAGGGUGCUCAGGGACGCAGGUGUGGGAGCAGCCGAUGCCUGCUCCAUUAACUUUACCUUUUUGGCCGAUCCCCGCCAGAUAUUCUACAAUGUGGAGAUGGCGCCUUCGCCAGACCGUAAGAAUGAGUCGCUUUUGAACAUCAAGGAGAUACCCUUGGGUAAUCAUAACUACCAUGUGAAUCAAUUCGAUCGCAUUCACCAGGAUCAGGCCAACGCUCUGAUGGUCGAGUCCAGCGUGUCGCGAAUGCAGGCGUUCGGCACCUACAAGCCGCCAUCGAGCGAGCAGGAUGUGCGCCACAUGCUGGGCGAUGUCUCUGGGGGAUUGUAUUGCGUGUGGCGCGAGAAUGGCAGCUGUGACGAGGUGGUCAAAACCAUUGCCGUUGGCAUUUUCGAUCUCACCGCUAGGACCAUGUCGCUCUAUUCGGACAAUCCCAGUCAGACGGAGCCUCACUGCAGGUUGCCUCUGCUCUUCAAGUAGCUUUAAUGCACACACCCCCGCCCCCCGCCUUUGUUGGACGCAGAUUUUACUCGUAUGUUUAAUAAACAUAAUCAAAUGACAGUUUGAGCUUGA